AAACGUGACAGGUACCACACAUCAUAGGAAAAAGUGAAACUUAAUUUCAAACUACGAGUACUAUCAUAUCAUAAGCAAGAUGACGGUGAAGAAACGACCUUCGGAUCUAUCGAGCUUGGAGCGGUUCAACAUGUAUUACAGAGAGAAGGAGCCACCGAUGACCGCGGGCCAGAAGGCCAAACGGUUCAUCUGGAACCCCAAGACCAAGCAGUUCUGCGGCCGGACCGCCUCCAGCUGGUCAAAAAUAUCUUUGUUCUACUUCAUCUUCUAUGCCGCGCUGGCGAUCCUGGUGGCAAUCUGCAUGUGGACAUUCCUGCAGCUACUGGACGCGCGCCAGCCCAAGUGGCAGCUGGAGCAAAGCAUCAUCGGCACGAACCCCGGCCUCGGUUUCCGUCCCACGCCGCCCGAGGUCGCCAGCAGCGUCAUCUGGUACAAGGGCAACGACCCCGGCAGCUACCAGUUCUGGGUCAAGGAGUUAUCUGAAUUCUUAAAAGUGUACAAACGCGACGGCAACAAGGCGGGCGCCGGCCAGAACAUCCACAACUGCGACUUCAAGCUGCCAGCACCGGCCGGCAAAGUGUGCGAUGUGGACAUGAGCGCAUGGGGGCCCUGCAUCGAGGAGAACGGCUUCGCAUACCACAAGUCCACACCAUGCGUCUUUCUCAAGCUAAACAAGAUCUUCGGUUGGCGGCCUGUCUUCUACAAUAGCUCGGACGCCCUACCCGAAGCCAUGCCCCAGGACUUGAAGCAACACAUCAAGAAUAUGACUGCCUACGAUAAAAAUUAUUUGAACAUGGUGUGGGUGUCGUGCCAGGGCGAGAACCCGGCGGAUCGUGAGAACAUCGGGCCCAUACAGUACCUGCCAUACCGGGGCUUCCCCGGAUACUACUUUCCAUACACGAACCAAGAGGGAUAUCUGAGCCCAUUAGUCGCUGUACAUCUUCAGAGGCCGAAAACUGGCAUGUUGAUAAACAUCGAGUGCCGCGCCUGGGCACACAACAUCGUGUACGACCGGCACGAGGGCAUGGGCUCCGUGCACAUCGAAAUUAUGGUCGAAUAACCUCU